AUAUCCCAUCCAACCAUUUAAUCAGACAUUCCCCAUAAUACUUUAGAAACAAACAAGACACCUCAGCUUCUACCUGACCCAGAACCCCAUCGUAUGCCCAUACGUAACAUCUGAAACACCUCUCUGAAAGCUUUUCAUCAGAAAAGCAGUACGAUUGGCUACAGAGACCUCAUCUCAGUAGAAUCAACCAUACCGAACAACGCCGUUAACAUGAACUAAACCGGUCAUUAGCCCAAAAGACAGCCCCCGCAGCGACAGUGGCGUGCAUUAGACUACCCUUCGGUCCAGAUAAGCAUUUCAAGCAAUAUAAACUUUGCGUCAGUCCAGACGGUCAAGAAAUUGACACGCAGCAAUGGUGUGUGGCCCUUGGAUCCAAGGCAGCGAAUGCCAGGCAUUCUUCAAGACCUCUCGGGCAUUUCCAUUUUUUCUUUUUUUGCGGCUGUGUGAGCCCAACCGGGCGAGGUACAGGGCUUCUGCAUACGCAUGCGUAAUCGGGGAUGUUUAGGGCUAUUGCUCCAGACAAAAGUUUGUUUUGUUUUUCUUUUUGUUGUUGCCUUGUGUGGUACGCCUAGCGCUGCCUAUAGACGGAUUAGGAGAAAACAAGUUGUCCGAUGUUGGCAUGAUAAUGGCUCGUAUUAUGUUCUUGGGUCAUCGGGUAAAAAGUCAAUCGGGGUUGAUAUGGAACAGGUUUGACUACUGUUGGGUAAGAACUAGUAGUAGUUUUGGCAGGUUCGUAUUGUAAACCUCACAUAUCGGUACUGUGAAGACGUUGGUUAUUUAUAGUUAGUAUAAGGUAUUUUUUUCUGCGUGUAGAAGUGCAGAGCGCACAUGACUCUGUGUCCCAGAAAGGUGAAAGAUAUUUAGGAAGGAAGAGGAAAACAAACAUGUUCGCUCUAUGGUUCGGUGUUUAGUCUCCUACUUCAGUUUGAUAUAGGAGACUUGGGUAUAAACGCCACUUUACCCCUCCAAAGAGACUCAUCCAUGGCUUCGGGAAUGUAGAACCUCUUUCCCUUUAAGUUUAUUAUGGUUU